AUGUUCAUCUACCUUCUAUGUUGUUUCUUGGCCUGCACGAUAGCAGAUCAGUCAUAUCAGUCACAGUACUCUACUUUAGUUAAAGAACUAGCAAACGCGGAAGAGAUAUCUCCUGAUGAUGUGUUCUCUCUAUAUUCGAACUCGCAGCAACAACUAGUGCUGGAAUCAGCAUUGGGUCGUUUUUUGAGUACUGGCCUCAUCAAUGAAGUGAAAAAUAACUGCACAGCCGUCAAUGAGUUAAGGAAGCUCUGUGAUAAUGAUCACAUCGAAGCAUUAGAGUUACUUGCAGAUUGUGGGAUAUACUAUAACUAUUCAGUCUAUAUUCCAUUGGCUGACUCUGUGAAAUAUUUGGAACGACUUUCACAAUUGAGGGUCAAUUCUGAAGAUCACUUCAAGUUGGGAUUUUUGUACAGUAUUGGGGAUCUGAAUCAAACUUCAGCCGAUCAGGGUAGGGCUUUAUUACAUUAUCAACACUCAGCCGAUUUAGGAAACGUUAAAGCUAUGAUGGCAUUAGGAACACGCUACUGGCAUGGAAUUGAUGUCCUCAAAGAUGAAAAUUUGGCAAACUUUUACCAUGUGGCUGCACUCUCUAAGAUAUACCCUCAACAUGAAGAAAUGGUUAAUCCAGUAAUGCCUUUUCCAUUGGAGAAUUUUAACAUCCGAAUUCCAGAUUUUCAUGGAGGUCUCUAUUAUGAGGCUUCUGAGACCCCUUCUUCAAUGGUCAGGUCCUUAGAUGAUAUUCAUCUGUAUGAAAAUUAUGAGUAUACACCAGCGGAUAGCGAUCUGAUUCAGAUAUAUUCUUUAAUGAUGUCAGAUUUUCUGGGAGACUACAUUCAUCCAAGGAAUUAUACUUCGGCUUUUGAGUUGGCACAGAUUUGUGUCCGAAGAGCAGAUUAUCUUUUGGGCGAAUCACCGACGGAGCUCAACUCAGUCGAUGUUUGGUAUUAUACUCGUUGCCAUGCUCUGCUAGGGAAGUUGUAUUUGGCAGGAAGGGGUACUCCACAAAAUAUGGAAGCUGCUGAAAAGCAUCUUAUUAAGGCAACUCUUCCAGAUAUCAAGCUCCCAGCCACUUCCAAAGCUUAUGGUGUUUUUGUUCCAUUAGAACCUUCUCAAGACUUAAAGUAUCUUAACGAAACAAAGCCAGUUCCUCCAUUUAAGAUUCCUAGAGCCAGUUUGAGCCAGUUCACAGUUGAUUUUCAAUAUGGAACAAUUGACUUCCCCAGCCGGGAAAAUCUGGCAAACGCAACUAUAGUAAAUGUCUUGAAUCGCAAUUAUGCCUAUCUCACUAAACCAAGUGAUGAAUAUAUAGUGCGAUUAGGUGCGGCAAAGGCUUGUAUGCCUUUGAUAGAACCUUUAGCGUCCAAUGGUAUGAAAUUAGCACUGCAACAUUUCCUUUUAGGAAACUACAGGGCGGCACUUGUUUUGUAUCUUAUGUCAGCAGAACUUGGCUUAGAAACAGCACAGACGUCUUCUGCUUUUAUGCUGUAUCAGAAAAAUGCAGAUAUCCAUCCAAUACUAACCCCACUAGCUUUAAAAAACUACCAAAGAGCCUUUUUGCAGGGAAACAUCGAUGCUGGUUUAUACUUAGCUGAUGCUUUAUAUGAAACCAAAAUCCAGGGCAAAGAUGCUUAUUUGAGUGCCUACAAAGAAGUGGCCGAGACAAAUGGCGCACAGGGAGCAUAUAACCUUGCAAAUUUAUAUGAAAUGGGAAAAGAUGUACCACAAGAUUUUCAUUUGGCGAAAAGAUAUUAUGAUUUGGCUCUUCGAAGGAAAGAUCAUUUCCUUCCAAUUCAAUUAGCAUUAAUACGGCUCAAGUUGAAGAUGUGGUACAACACUUACUUUGGCUCAUUUAACUCUAAAGAUGAGGCAUCCAGAGUUACGUAUCCCCCAAGAUUUACACAAAUUGGAAACAACGCUGAUAUGUUUACCAAAAUGACCUUUUUGGAGUCAGCAUUAACCAUGUCUUUUAUUAUAGGACUAGCGACUGCUGUUAUUUAUAAACUGUUUAUGACUACAGCACGAUCACAAAACCAAGCACAGUAA